UAUUGUAUUUACUCAUCAACUUGAUUUUCUAUGAUUAAUACUUUCUGUAUCGAAAUUUUAUGUAUGUAUGUAAAUGUACUAGUACAUUUUUGAAUUUACCGCGUAAUUUUUUUAUUGGCUCCUAGAUGGCGUUACUCUCAUGAUAUUGUCAUGCGCAGUUAGAGAAGAGACGCUUUCGAUUGUUUUGGACGCCAUUGUGUCUUCUACCUUCGACCUGAAAAGUCGCAUAUACUUUUCUUGGCAAGUUUUCCAUGUUAUUCUAUUGUUUUCUAAUCUAUUAUAUUCAGAUCAUGGAUUUUGUUCCUCUCUGGAAUUCCCGCUCUUUUCCAGUGGAUAAAUCCACUGCCAUAUCAUGGGCUCAUGCUCAAGGGCUGCUUCCAAGUAGCAAAAAAUGCCGCAGCCACCGUGUUGAAAUAUAGAUUAACUCUUCGCAACAUGGCUGCGGCCAUUUUUAUUGCAACAAAUGCAGAGCAGCUGGAUGACCUGCUACUGUUAGCGUGUCCAAAGAUACUGGGUUCCAUGAUUCGCGCCUCUCUCUGGAAAACAAUAUCAGGCUUCUUUAUGGAUUUGCACACAAUGAGACCUAUGACCGCGUUACCUUGGAAUGCAUGGACUUCUCAUUGCCGCCAAAUCAACGUACAACUCCAAGCCAUUCGUCGCCAAUACACUGAUUUCCGCCGCUGCACAUACGGGUAUUUAAACAAUCUGAGCGGCCAUAAGUCCAUUUUGCAAAAUGCAAUACCAAACUACCUAAACCGCUGGUUGAAGUAGAUGACUAGUCUAUGAAUUAUACCUGACCCCUUUCAUUAUUCUACCAUGCAGGGAGCAUCGCCAAGGCCAUUCUGAUUUCGACCGUCUUGGGGAUACAUGUGAUUGUUUUAAGCGUUAUUGUGAAUUUGUCAACUUUAGCUGUAAAUAUUUUUGUUUGGACUUUUAAUAUUGAAAAAGUAGUGAUGGAUUUGGAUAUUGCAGGUAAAUACUUACAAGUUUUGAUAAAAAUCAAAUAUUUUUAUUUUAGUUUUAUGGUAAGGGUUCGAUUUUUAAGAAGUUAUGCAUAUUACAACAUUUUUUUUGUUUUUAUUUUUGUUUAAUAUUAUACAUGUUAUGGUAUCAAAUUAGAUCACGCUAUAUUUUUCCAUUCAGUAAAAAGUUUAGAGCUUUAAGAAUUGGCAAAUCAAAAAAUUUGCCGCGGAAAAGCGCGGAUAAGCACUAUUAAUAUUAUUUUUUAUAAGAUCUUCAUCGCUUUCUUGCAAUAAUUUUGUGUUUAUAUGCUCGAUGUGUUUAGGAAGAAUUUACUUUUUUAAAAGCUUAAAACUAAUAUUUAGGAUAUUUAUUAUAUAGACUAAGUGUUUGAAGACAUUUUUGCGUGUUUUUAGUAAAAAUUAAACAAAUAUAAAAACCUUAGGGAUGUUUUCAUACAUUUGUUGUUAAAAAAUUGGUUUUCUAAGCCGUGUGAAAAUAUCUGUAAAAAACAUUAUUAAGAUAUUGGUGCAGUUUUAAAUUAUAUGUUUUUGUUUAAGUUUCACCUAGUUCUUCGGGGGUAAGAGAUGUCAUCCGAAAAUAUUUAUUUGAAUGGAUGCAGAGACUGAAUAUACCUAAUUUGGAAAAAAAACUUAAUGGUUUGAAAGAACAAUUUUUGUUAGGUAAAAGUUAUACUGAAGAGCAAAUUAAUAACUUCAAGCGCACUUUUGCUUAUUUUAAAACCCAAGUGAAACAAAGGUGGUUGAAAUCCCACAAAAAGGAGGAUAUUUUUAUCAAGUACAACCGGACGUGGCUAGAAGGAACCAUUCAAAUUACUGUAGCUGGGCAAAGCCGACCAGGCCGACCGCUCAAGUCAUUUGGAGAAUCUAGUGAGCGCACCGAAAGAAGAAAAACCGAGGAGAUUCGGUCGACAUUAGAUAAGGAAGUUAUUGUUCAUGCUGCUCAGACUGAAUUGAGAAUAUCUGGACAGAGAGACGCUUCAGAAAUAUUAAAGCAAAUUACCUGCACUACUCCAAAACGUGCAACUAAGUACAAAAAAGCAUUUUGUGACUCUAAAACUAAAGAGGUAGAGUCACUUACUGUAACAAAGGCUUUAGCUAUGUUUGUUGAUGCAGACUUAACUCGUCGACAAUACGAAAGCAUUAGAGUCACCAACAAAAAGUUUUUUCCAUGUUAUUCCCUUUUACAAAAGGCAAAACAGAUGUGUUAUCCACCUUCGGAAGAAAUUAGAGUAACAGCUAAAUGUGUCGAGUGUAAUUUACAGCCUUUAAUUGAUCUGACCAUUAAGCGCUUAUCUAUGUACCUGGAAGGAAUCCUAAUUAGCAUAAAAGAAGAAGAGAGGGACAAUCUAAAAAUUAUUUGUAAACGGGAUUGUGACGGCUCCCAACAAUCCCAAUACAAACAAAAAUUUGAAAAUGAUUCCGAUUCGAAUUCAAAUGUGUUUCAUCCCCAAGGUACUGCAGACCUAUAAGAUUCCGAUUUCAGAAAGAAAGUGUCGAUGUUACGCUAGAAGAAAUUGAGUACGUAAAAAAAUCUGCGCAGUCACUAAACCCAACAGAAGUUGACUUAAAUGGACAAAAGUUUUUGGUUAAGCACUUCUUUAUCACGACAAUGGUAGACGGCAAAGUUUGCAACGCGGCCACUGGCACUAAAUCUACAAGCAAAUGCUAUUUAUGUGGAGCGACAUCCAAGGAAUUUAAUAACUUGGAUGUUCGAAAAGAAGUUAGUCCUGAGACUACAGAGUUUGGGUGUUUGGGUUGUCAGUUUUACAUGCAAGGAUUCGUUUUUUUGAAAGCAUUCUUCACUUAGCAUAUAAAUUGCCAGUAAAAAAGUACCGCGAAAGAAAAUCUGAAGCUGAAAAAUGUCUAGAAAAGGAAAAGAAACUAGAAAUCCAAGCUAGAUUUCGCAGGGAAACAGGGUUACUGGUUGAUAUGUCAAAAUCAAAUUUUGGCAACACAAAUGAUGGCAACACGAGCAGAAAAUUUUUUGAUGACCCAAAGCUAGCCUCUGAAAUAACUGGAAUUAGUUAUGAUCUGAUCUAUAGGUUAAAAGUUAUUUUAGAGACUAUUUCAAGUGGGUAUAAAAUCGACACAGACAAAUAUGACCAUUACGCAAUGGAUACUGCUCGAUUGUAUGUAAGUUUAUACCCUUGGCACCCAAUGACGCCAACCAUGCACAAAAUACUUAUUCAUGGUGCAAAAAUAAUAAAAGACGCAUUGCUGCCCAUUGGACAGCUUUCUGAAGUGGCUGCGGAAGCGCGAAACAAACAUUUUAGAACAUACCGUCAAGAUUUUGCUCGAAAAUUUUCCAGGGAAAACUGCAAUAGGGAUAUUUAUAAUCGGUUGCUUCUAAGUUCAGAUCCCCUUCUUACCAGCAUGAGAAAAAUUAAAAAAAGAAAAUUGGGUUCCUUUUUACCCGAAACCG